CCGAAGUCGGUGUGGAGGCGUGGCUUUGGCGGUGUAUGUUGGAGGGAAGUUCACUGAUUGGUUUAAAAUUUUACAAGGCUUUAAACCAAUGAGCGAAUGGCACGAUUGUUUAAAACUGGAUAACUGUUACUUGAUAUGAGCCGUGUUUAUGUUGACGUUAUCACAUUUGAAUAAUGAGUGGCAGAGGUAAAACCGGAGGCAAGGCCAGGGCGAAGGCUAAGACUCGCUCCUCCAGAGCAGGACUGCAGUUCCCCGUCGGUCGUGUUCACAGACUUCUCCGCAAAGGGAACUACGGCGAGCGCGUCGGUGCCGGUGCUCCGGUGUAUCUGGCCGCUGUGCUCGAGUAUCUGACGGCUGAGAUCCUGGAGUUGGCCGGAAACGCCGCUCGGGACAACAAGAAGACCCGUAUCAUCCCCCGUCACCUGCAGCUGGCGGUGCGCAACGACGAGGAGCUCAACAAACUCCUGGGCGGAGUGACCAUCGCUCAGGGCGGCGUGCUGCCCAACAUCCAGGCCGUGCUGUUGCCCAAGAAGACCGAGAAACCCGCCAAAACCAAGUGAACACGAGAGGACACAACACUCACAAAGGCUCUUUUCAGAGCCACACACUUUCUCUUUAAGAGCAUGUAUCUACUGUACACACGAUUCGCAUUGUAUGUGUGUUACCAGUAGUGUGAAUUUGUACGAUGUACAUUUAGUCCUGUAGCAGAAACUUCUGACUUAAAUGAGGACAAUGGAAGCAAUCAAAAUCAUUAAAAGAG